GGCUGCAGUGUUUACAAGUGACAGGUGGGCGGAGGAAGCAGGAUUUGAGGCACCGGCACGCUCUCUUGACAUACACUGGUAUCCUUCUUGGCACGUACUAUGUACAAGCUCCUGGUGGCUGUGCUGGUGCUGGUGGCGGCGGCGGGUGUCUGCCUGGCCGAUGUGGAGCAGACAGACGGUGAGGAAGACAUCCCGGUGGUGGAAGGGUUUGGCGGCGAGGUGAAGGUGGUGGAGGAGAGUGAUGUGCUGGUGCUGACCACUGACAACUUCCUGCAUGUGGUUGGCCCCAAGACGGCCAUUCUGGUGGAGUUCUAUGCACCAUGGUGUGGGCACUGUAAGCGGCUGGAGCCAGAGUAUGCUACAGCAGCCCAGGAGCUGAGGGAGGAGGGCAUCAGGAUAGCCAAGGUGGACGCCACAGUGGAGGAAGAACUGGCCAAGAAGUAUGAUGUGAGUGGCUACCCAACCCUCAAGCUUUUCAAGAAGGGGCAGUUUGUGGAGGACUAUAGAGGUGCCAGGACUGCAGGAGCUCUUGUUGAGUACAUGCGCAUGCACGCUGACCCCAACUACACUCCCCCACCCUCGGAAGUUGUGGUCCUGUCUGCUGCAAACUUUUCUGAAGUUCUGGAGUCGAAGGAAGUUGUUCUUGUUGAUUUCUACAUGCCUGGGUGCCGCCACUGUGAGGCUCUUGAGCCAGACUUUGAAGGAGCAGCACGGGAUCUGAAGGAGGAGGGUGUCACGCUGGCCAAGGUGAAUGGACAAGUGGAGAAGGACCUGUUCAAGGAGUACGACAUCAGAGGAUACCCAACGCUCAUAGUGUUCCGCAAGGGGAGGCAGUUUGAGUACAAGGGUCGGCGUGACCAGGAGGGCAUUGUAGAGCACAUGAAGGAGCAGGUCAAGCUGCCAUCCAGGGAGAUCGCCACAGUGCUGGAGUCAACUAACAACUUUGCCAGGACAGAUGCCAACGUCAUUGGAUACUUCCCUGAGAAGAACGACAUGUUUGAGGAGUACAUCGGGGCAGCCAAUGAGCUGAGAGGGAAGCUGCCAUUCUUCCACACAUUUGACAGUAGUGUUGCCAGUCACCUGAAGUUGAAGGCUAACACAGUCACUGUUAUUAUGCCAGAGAUCUACCAUUCUAAAUAUGAGGAGAAGGCCUUCAGGUAUACCAAGACCACAGGGACAUACAAAGAGAUGGCUUCCUGGAUCAGCAAGAAGAGUGUUCCCCUGGUGGGCCAGCGCACCAAGGAGAACCAGGCCUUCAAGUACGAGAACAGACCACUCAUUGUUGUGUACUAUGAUGUCAACUUCUCACACCAGUACAUUAAAGAUACACAGUUCAUCCGCAACAAGAUUCUCCCUGUGGCAGACAAGUACAGAGACAUCACCUUUGCCAUUGCCAACGAGGAACAGUUUGAGGAUGAAAUCAAGAGCCUGGGGUUGGAGGACUCUGGAGAAAAUGUUAAUGUGGGUGCUUUCUCUGCCAAAUUCAAGUACCCAAUGGAGCCUGAGGAGGACUUCAGUGCUGAUGUGUUGGAAGAGUUUGUUAAGCAAUACAAGAAAGGCAAGGUGCAGCCCUACCUUAAGUCCCAGCCAGUGCCCAAGAGACAGGAGGGGCCAGUGAAGGUACUUGUGGCUCGGAACUUUGAAGACGAGGUGAUAAAUACGGAGAAGGAUGUCUUGGUGGAGUUCUAUGCCCCCUGGUGUGGCCACUGCAAGAACCUGGAGCCGGUGUACAAGAAACUGGCCAAGCAGCUCGCCAAGUCCAACCCAGACGUGGUGGUGGCCAAGAUGGAUGCCACAGCCAAUGAUGUCCAUCCAGGCUUCAAGGUGGAUGGCUUCCCCACCCUCUACUUCGUCAAGGCUGACCAGAAGGAUAACCCCAUUGCGUUCAAUGGUGACCGCUCCCUUAAGUCUCUCAAGGAGUUUGUCAUCCGAGAGUCCUCAAGCAAAGGAGGCAACAAGACAGCUAAGGAUGAGCUUUAGUACAUUAAGGGCCAAGAUAGGAUGGUGUAGUGUAGCUUAGCAAGUGUAGUUGUUGUAGUAGUAGCAGCAGCAGUAGUAUGGCAAAAUAUUGGUGCAGUUCCUGUUAAUUUUCUGGGGAUUUUUUUUUUUUUUCUCCACCAUGUUCUUGCACAGUUGAAACAUGACACAGGUAAGCUACUCUUAGGCUUUUAAUUUUCCUUUUGAUAAUUUUUUUUUUUUUUUUUUUUUUUUUUUUUUUCUGACUGCAUUCUUGGUUUUCAUUGCUUUUGGAUCACUUGAGUUUUUUGAUGACUUCAUUCACUGCAUUAUUUUUGCAUUGUUGUUGACUGACCUGACCUGUGCAGGAUGUCCCCACAGGAGCUUGUCAUUGUGUUGAUCUGAGUCAGUACUUAGCAUAACAUAGAGUAAGCAGCUAGGGUUGGUUUGCUCUACACAAUAUUUGUGUAGUGACACUCUCAAAGUUAUAACUUACACUGCUCAUGUCAUAAUGAGCAUGUGAACUGUGCAGCAAACACUCUGUAAUCAGAUCAGUGGAAUGUGUGAUAAAGAUCUGAGACAACUGAAAUGUAAAUAUUUGGUACAUGGCCUUAGCUCUGUUGAUAUUGGUAGUAUUGUAUAGGUGUUCAAGAAAUCUUAUGACCACUGUGCCUCAAUUUGGUACCCUUCUUAAAAAUUUCACUCAGACCAUCUUGGGAAGCAAAGCUUAGACUUGGAGAAGUUGUUUAGAAUGGUGUGCUUUGGAUUUUUACAAAAAAAAAUAUGAUAUACAAUUAAUUUAUAAGUGUGUCCAUGGCCCUGCAAACAUCAAAUUUAAUUACUUUCAGAAGUAUGAAUAUUUGAUGUAUAAGAGUGUUUACUGUAUAUAAAUGGUAGUGUGUGAGGAGUGCAAGACUUUCCAGGUUGUGUGGUAUGGCAGUACCAGUCAUUGUCCAGACUGUGAGUGUUGUAGUACCAGCGAAUCCUGUGCUUGGUAACGUAGGGUGCACUGGGUAGCCAGGUUGUGUGGUAUGGCAGUACCAGUCACUGUUCGGACUGCGAGUGUUGUAGUACCAGCGAGUCCUGUGCUUGGUAACGUAGGGUGCAUUGGGUACUGGCUGCCAUGUUUAAUGCCACAAUUCCAUGCAUAUUUAACUUUAAUAUACUAAAUAAUGCAUUCCCAAUUUCUCAAUUCCCAUGUGAAAUAUCGUGAUUUUCUAAUUUUCUAAAAAUAAAAUUUGUUACAUA